UGGUUGCUAAGGGAGACAUUUCCGGUUGCCGCGGAUUCUGGGAGUUUUCGCUCUGGUUACCGUAGUAACAGGAGACGCGGAACGCAACGCUGUGUAAAGUUUACUUGCAGUUUCUCAAUCGAUUCUUGCUCAUUGCACUCAAGGCUGCGUGUUUACAGGUGCACUUUAGUUUGCUGAAGGCUGCCUGUCUGUGUGCGUGAGAGAUGCAGCCAACGUGUGAAGAUUUGGUUCAAGAGGAAGGUUGCAGCCUCAUGAUGGAUUCACUUCCAAACGGGGACUGUGCGAGUGACGGCAACUCAGUCCCAGUCUGCAAAUCUGAUAAGCCUGGAAGUGAUUGUAAAACAAAUGGAGACUGUCAGGACAGCAGCAGCAAGAAGGACAUUGGGCCCAGGAUGACCAAAAAGGCCUUGCGAGAGAUCUGUAAACAGCAGAAACUAUACAGCACGCCAUAUUUAAAUGACACUUUGUAUCUCCACUACAAAGGAUUUAUGCGUGUUGAGAAUCUAGAAGAGUACACAGGCCUGAAGUGUUUGUGGCUCGAAUGCAAUGGUCUAACGAGGAUUGAGAAUCUGGAUGCACAGACUGAGCUGCGCUGUCUCUUCCUACAUCAAAACUUGAUUCACAAGAUUGAAAACCUUGACCAUUUGCAAAAGCUGGACACGCUCAAUCUUUCCAACAAUAACAUCAAGACCAUUGAAAAUCUAUCAUGUAUCCAGGUUCUUUCAACCCUUCAGAUGGCUCACAACCGGUUGCAGACAUUGGAAGAUGUACAGCACUUGGAGGAAUGCCCAAGUAUCCGGGUCCUGGAUAUAUCUAACAAUAAACUCGAUGACCCAGCAGUAAUAAACGUCCUUCAGAAAAUGCCAAACCUGCAUGUUUUGAACCUGAUGGGAAAUGAACUUAUCAAGAAGAUACCCAAUUACAGAAAAAUGGUCACGGUUCAAUUACAAAUGUUAACUUAUUUGGAUGACAGACCAAUCUUUCCAAAAGACAGGGCAUGUGCUGAAGCCUGGUAUAGAGGUGGUCGAGAAGCGGAGAAGGAGGAAAGAGAACGAUGGGAAACCAGAGAAAGAAAGAAGAUCCAGGAUAGUAUUGAUGCUUUAUCUGAGAUCAGAAGGGCUGCAGAGGAGAGGAAGAACCAAAAAGAAAAAGAAGAGAAAGUGGAGCAACCCAAAGAAAUUGAAGAAAAGCAAAUGAGCCACUACCAAAAUGAGGAGUCUAAGGAGAACAUUCAACCGUUUGUGAAGGUGAUAUUAGAAUCCAGUGAGGACGUAUGUACAGAUGCAAAAGUCAGUGACAAUAACCCCACCUCUGAUCCUUGCAUUCCAACUGUUGAGCAUGGACUAUACAAAUUAUCACCUGGUGGACAACUGGAAGUCAUUUACCAAAGAGAAGCUGAGCUUCAGGAUCAGCAGUCCACAUUAAGCAGAGUUGAAAUAGGACAAGGGUCACUUGUGGACUUGAAAGGUCAAUGUUCCCUGACAACACAGCUGGGAGAUGAAGAGAAUGUGGAGACCAUUCCCCUCAGGGAAACAGAAAAGCUAUUUGUUGAUGAUUUGCCAGAUUUAGAAGAAGUGGACAUUACUGAACUCUCUGCAAGUGACUAUAUGAUCACCCAUAAGAAAACAUACCGUCCAAUAAUUGAAGUAAUUUCUGGCGACAGUGAGGAGAGUGAUACUGAGUGGGAGAGAGACAGAGAAGUGCUGAGUAAUGAAUUACAUUCAGCUUCACAUACAUUGAUUGAUCCAGUGAAGGGACAGUCAGCAUCUGAACUUCCAGAGUUUAAUCGAACUGCAGAGACAGAUUCCCUGUUGUACCCACCUCUCAGGCCAUUCAUCCAAAUGCUGGAUUCUGAAGAUUCACAUGAGGGGAACCAGGAGAAGUAUAUGGAGGACAUUCUCACCUGCCCUACUACAAAUGUAUCUGAGUUGGACUACCGAAUGAAUGCACUGAAAACAACCUCUGUUUUACAUGUUCCACAAGUGGAGAAAGAAGAUUCAAUCUGGGAACUGGACUGAGAAACUGCAUUUUUAUUUUGAUUUAUUUAUUUACCUUUAUAUUAAUGCAUCAGAAACAAUAAGCUCUUUCACAUCCUAAAUACACAAAAUGUACUAAAGUAAAAACCCUGAAAAAACAGUUUUUGCAUUCAGAAUUCAGUGUUAUAUCACAAGUUCAAGAAAGGAUAUCAUGUAAAAUGAAAAGGGACUGGAGAGCCUUCCCGUGUGAAAUUCUUUUUAGUUUUUAUUGAAGCACUACAUGUUUCAGACCACACAGGUCCUUCCCUCUGGUGCAAGUUGCAGGAAGGACCUGUGUGGUCCGAAACAUGUAGUGCCUCAAUAAAAACUAAUUUUUUUUUUUUACACGGGAAGGCUCUCCAGUCCCUUUUCAUUUGACAUGAUACUGCUGUGCAGAUGGCUACUCCACUAAACUGUUGAAGAGCCUGAACAUAAGAGUUUGGAGGAUCAGUUGAGGAAAUAAUAGAUUAUUUCAAGAAAGAUAUCAAACACUUACAGUAGUUUACAGAGAUCAGUAAAUUGUUUGGGACAAGCAGUGAAAGUGAUACACCAGUACCAGGGCAGGCAGUGAAAUGGAUUACAGCUACUCACAGAUUGCUCCUAAGGUUCCCAGGGCUUUCUUGUUUGAGAAUGCAGAAUCUUAGUUUUGGAUUGUAGUAUUAUUAUAUAUAUAUAUAUAUAUAUAUAUAUAUAUAUAUAUAUAUAUAUAUAUAUAUAUAUAUAUAUAUCUAUAUCAUAUUUCUUUUUAAUUUGUAGAGUAGACAGAAAUUGUCUCAUGAAACACAACAAAGUUUAUUGUUAUAUUUAUGUUGCUUCUUUCACCAUUUUUGCUCAUGCAGUUAAUCCAUAUAACCAGGGAUGGCCAGCACAAUGUUUAUUGUAAGCAGAGUAAUUUGAUUAUUUCAGUAAUGGUAAAGAAUGUUUAAGUAAAUGUAUUUUUAAGGUUCUUUAUUUCCACGAGACAAAGCUCAUAAUUAAUUUUAAUUUUUGCAAUAAUUUCCCCUUUAAUUAUUUCUUUAUUUUUAUUACCUUUAAAGCCCAAGCUGCCUUAAAUUCCAUAAAAUGCUGAAAAAUGUGUUCAGCUCAUGGCAUAGAUUGCCAGCCUCUAUAUGAUCACCAUACAUUUAAUAAUUAGGGCGUAACUUGUCAACUUUUUGAAUUUGAAUUGUUGCCACAAUUCAAUUUUUUUCACAAAAACUUACAAACUUUAAUUAUAUUUUCAAAAACCAGAAUGUUUAGUAUUGGAAAAUUCAAAUGUGAAACUUUGGCAUCUAAAAGCUUACAAGUUCAUGUAGAAGUCAGCGGGAGUUGACCUAGGCAAAAUUAAAGCUAUUUUGUUUAAUUCAAGGAUAUAAUUCAAGUUUUUUUGAUCUUGAAAACUCACAAAAUAGACUUUUCUUUCACGAUUGUAUUCAAUCAAGGUUUUUAUAUUAAUGUUUUGUAAUAAAUAAACAAGACAUUUGAGUUUUUUUUAAA